GAGGGGCGAUGAGAGCAAGUGGUGGGAGAGCGAGUCGAGUGACAGGUAGGACGGAGCGCAGUUAUCCUAGGUCUCGACAUUGGCAAUGCAGUGCGCGCUAGUGUCUUAUAUCCCUCUAGAUAUGAGCCAGCCAGUGAUAACCAUCCCACCGACGAGGACUGCGACUCACUGAAUCCGGAGUUUAGGACUGAAACCGGUUAGGAAGAAAAGGGAAAGCUUCGGGAGAGCCAAAGACCACAACGCCGGCUUCCGGGGAUUCAGGGCAGCAUAUAGAAACAGCAUAAGGCGGUCUUCGGAAGGGGCGAGCAUCCAUUAGAUAUCAUUUGGAUAUACAACCACUGCUGUAGUGGAACCCUAAACAUGUCAAGAAAGGUCCACAGAACCGAAGUAUGCGCCGACUGCAGUGCACCAGAUCCGGGCUGGACCAGCAUCAACAGGGGAGUUCUGAUCUGUGACGAGUGCUGCUCGGUGCACCGUAGCCUGGGACGCCACAUCUCCAUCGUCAAGCACCUACGGCACAGCGGCUGGCCCCCUGCACUGCUGCAGAUGGUGCAGACCCUGGCCAGUAAUGGGGCUAACUCGAUUUGGGAGCACUCCCUGCUUGACCCAGCACAGGUGCAGAGCGGCCGCAGGAAACCCAACCCACAGGACAAAGUCCACCCCACCAAGUCCGAGUUCAUCCGCUCCAAGUACCAGAUGCUGUCCUUCGUCCACAAGCUGCCGUGCCGUGAUGAUGACGGUGUUACCACCAAGGAUCUCAGUAAGCAACUGCACUCCAGUGUGAGGACAGGGAGUCUGGAGACAUGUCUACGGCUGCUGUCCCUGGGAGCGCAGGCCAACUUCUUCCACCCGGAGAAGGGCACCACUCCACUCCAUGUGGCAGCCAAGGCAGGCCAGGUUCUGCAGGCAGAGCUGCUGGUCGUGUACGGAGCCGACCCCGGAGCCCUGGACAUCAACGGACGCACACCCAUGGACUACGCCAGGCAAGCGGGCCAGGUGGAGCUGGCAGAGCGGCUGGUUGAGUGUCAGUACGAGCUCACAGACAGGCUGGCCUUCUACCUGUGUGGCCGACGCCCUGAUCACAAGAAUGGACAUUAUAUCAUUCCUCAGAUGGCUGACAGAGCUCGCCCUAAGUGCCCGACACAGAGCCUGGACCUCUCAGAACUGGCCAAGGCAGCUAAGAAGAAGCUCCAAGCGCUGAACAAUCGAUUGUUUGAGGAGCUGGCCAUGGACGUGUAUGACGAAGUGGACCGCAGGGAGAACGAUGCAGUGUGGCUGACGACUCAGAACCACAGUACUCUGGUGACGGAGCGCAGCGCGGUGCCCUUCCUGCCUGUCAACCCCGAAUACUCAGCCACACGCAACCAGGGUAGACAGAAGUUGGCCCGUUUCAACGCUCGUGAGUUCGCAACGCUCAUCAUCGACAUCCUGAGUGACGCCAAGAGGAGGCAACAGGGGAAAGGCCUGAGCAGCCCUACCGACUCUAGUCUGGACCUGGGGGCCGACGACGACCAGCAUGACUACGACAGCGUAGCGUCGGAUGAGGACACGGACAGCGAGCUGACUACUCAGAACAACAACAACACGCAGCGCAACAACCGGGCCAAGAGCAUGGACUCGUCAGACCUGUCGGACGGGCCCAUCACUCUGCAGGAGUACCUGGAGGUUAAGAAGGCCCUGGCCUCCUCCGAGGCUAAAGUCCAGCAGCUGAUGAAGGUCAACAACAACCUGAGUGAAGAGCUGCGCCGGCUGCAGAAAGAGAUCUCGCGGAUGCAGACGGAGAACAGUGCGUUGCGGGGCGGCCAGGUCGUCGGAGGAGGGGGAGCUGGCGGUUUGGGAGGCGGGGGAGGAGGCAGCCCGGCACAUUGGCAUGGGGGGGUGAGAGGCGGCGGAGGGGGAGGUAGGGGAGGGGACCACUCCAGCCUAGCCAUGUCCUCAGCGCCCGCCCACCGGAGGGACAGACAGGCUUUCUCUAUGUACGAGCCGGGGCCCGCCACCCCCAAGCCCCACUCCCACUCCCCGGGCCUGGACUCCCUGACGGGCCGCCUGCAGCCUCUGCACCCCAGUGUGAGGAAGGGGGGUCCUGGUGGUCCGACACCCUAUGGAGGACAGCACCUCUCUAGCUCCAUGGAGGUGGGGAGAUACAUGGUUCCAAAAGGAGAGAAGCACGGCAGUGGCACUGAUAGUGACUAUGACAACACUCAGCUGUAUGAGCUGUCGCUAAGUAGGGGGCGCAGCAGUGAAGAGGAGAGCCGGGGAGAGUCGGAGGAGUGGGGUGGGGGCGAGGGGGGUGAGCCGGAUCCGACCCUGCCCUGCACCGAAGACGUCAUCCUCAAGACGGAGCAGGUGACCAAAAACAUCCAGGAGCUUCUGAGGGCCGCACAGGAGUUCAAACACGACAGUUUCGUUCCAUGCUCUGAGAAGAUCCACUCUGCUGUCACUGAAAUGGCCUCUCUCUUCCCCAAGCGGCCCGCCCUAGACGCCGUGCACUGCUCCCUGCGCCUCCUGGCGUCCAGCGCCUCCCGCCUCCAGGUGGAGUGUCGCAAGGCGGCACCCCCGGACCCCUCAGCGCCCGCCGUCGACUACCAGCUGCUCACCCAGCAGGUCAUCCAGUGCGCCUAUGACAUCGCCAAAGCCGCCAAGCAGCUGGUCACCAUCACCACCCGCGAGAAGAAACAGUGACGAGGGUUGAGAGGGGAUAGACAGGGGAGUGGCGAGGGGAGUUGCAAGACUGACAGGGGGGAGGGGAGGGGAGAAGGAUGGAGAUAGCCUCGAUUUCCAAGCUUCCUAGUCGAGUGAUGAAUGACACUUGGAAGGUUGGCAUCUCGAGGGAGAGGGAAAUGCCAGCAAAGGGGAGAAGAUAUAUUGGCUGCAGACCGAAAAGAAGAUCUCUGAGGAUGAAUAAAUAGAAAAUGAGGAGUCGAAGGUAGGGAAUGAAGAGCGGGAGAAGACCAGGUGGUAAUAUUAUAUGACAAUAGAACAAAGCUGAGAAUCCACUGCAGCCCUUGAUACUAUACCUGAGUGGACUGAGUGCAGCUCUAUGGGGGAGGGGACUCUUAAGGAGGAGGAGUGUGGACCAUUGAGAGUGUAAUUGCAUGCGGGAGAUGGGCACAGUGGCUCAGCUCUCAUCAUCUCACUAUGAUCUCAGUCUAUCGUUCCUUUGGAGGGGGGGGGGGGUCCUUUUACUUCAACACCCCUCUCUGUGCAGCACCUCAAACUCUGAUGAGACUGAGGCAGGCUGGGCCCGGAGAUGGGGCCAGUCAGUGUGGCCUACAAGGGGGCCAGGCCUUGGAAGAGAUCCACCCUGCUCUACCCCUCUGUCUCUCAGACAACGCCUCCACUAUAGUCCCAGGCUCUGCUAAGGAGGGCCCUUGCUACUCCCUCAGACCCCCGGUACACUACAGCAUGUCUUGGCAUGGUGGACAAACGACUAGGGGAUUUUUUAUUUUUUUUUGCCAAUCCGUUGGCCUGUACCUCUGGGACAAGAAUUACUGACUUAACAAAAAAAACUUACACUGGAAUUAUUGUGAUUUAUUAUUAUUAUGCCCAUUGUUUUUUAUUUUUACUGUCAUGAGUUACAUUAUCAUGUAUGUUUACGUUGACGUCGUCUCAUUAGUGGUUCCUGUUUAGGGACCAGGAAGAGCUGUGACAAUACUCGCUCGCCCUUUUGUCUAACUGGGUCUUGACACGAGCA